AUGAAAUUCCUUCUGCUGGUCGCUCUGCUCACAGCAGGCGCUACUGCACAUAGCAUCAGCCGUCGGGCUUUGACUCAGUUCAACAAUGUGAUCAAGUGCAUCAUCCCUGGGAAUGGUCUCUUGGCGGAGUACCACGACUAUGCCUCCUACUGUGGCUUUGGGAGCUCAGACACUACAGAGGAUGAUUUAGACCCAUGCUGCGAGACUCUUCACAAUUGCUACGGUCAGGUCAUGAAGAUGGAAAGCUGCAAAUCCCUCAUAGACAACCCCUACACCAGCGCCUACUCAUUCUCAUGUUCUAAGAAUAAGGUCACCUGCAGUGACAAAAACAAUCCCUGUGAGAACUUCAUCUGCAACUGUGACCGUGAGGCCGCCAUCUGCUUCUUUCAGAAUCCAUACUACAUUGAAUACAAAACGGUUGACUAUUAGACUUAUGACCUCAGUGACUGCCUACACCAUCC